CACCCUUCAGUCCAGCCCAUGUCCUCAAACACACACCAACAUCAGCACAGACAGACGGACUGUAAAACAUCACACCUGGAAUGGCUAUAAAAGAGGAGCUGAGGAGCCGUCAGUUCUGGCAGGGGAUUCUGGCAGAAACUCUUGGUUCUCUGAUCUUUGUAUCUGCUGUGUUGGGCUCUUUAGUGCCGGGGCCGGACGGGGCCUCCCCGGGGCCCAUUUACCCCGCACUGGCUGCUGGUAUGGCGACUGUGGUUCUGGGAUAUUGCUUUGGUGAAAUCAGUGGGGCUCAGGUGAAUCCUGCGGUGACUGUGGCCCUGUUGGCCAUGCGUAAGGUGGAUGUGUUGAGGGCUGUGGUGUAUCUGCUCGCCCAGUGUUUGGGUGGGAUCCUCGCGGCUGGCCUCAUGUACCUCUCUCUGCCCCUGAAGACCACGGCACAGAACUUCAUCAACAAGGUCCCAGUGGAUAUGAACGCAGGUCAAGCUCUCGGGAUGGAGAUACUUGCCACGUUUCUCCUGGGUUUCACCGUAUUUUCAGUGGAAGAUCAACGCAGGAGAGAAGUAAAUGAACCAGGGAAUCUGGCCAUUGGAUUUGCUGUGACCACUGCCAUCUUCAUGGCUGGGAGGUUUUCUGGAGCCAGCCUGAACCCUGCUCGCUCUCUUGGUCCCGCUAUAAUACUUGGAUAUUGGGAACAUCACUGGGUCUACUGGAUCGGUCCAAUCCUAGGUGCAGUGCUGGCUGGAGUGUGUCACGAGUUCAUUUUUGCCCCCAGUGCGUCCAGACAGAAGCUGGUGGCUUGUUUGACCUGUAAGGACAUUGAGAUUGUGGAGAUGGCCAGCGUGUCUCGAUCGUCCCUGUCCACUGUCACACAGAGCGCCAUGAGAAACAAACAAAGCAACAAACUGGAGCACAGCUAAGAUCACAUUCAGCAGCCUUUUACAGUAUACUUACAGUCACAAACAACCAAUCAAUGGCUCUUAUUCAUGAAACAGCUAAUCUUGUGUAGGUUCUUCAUAACCAUUCUUACAUGGAUUGCACAAGUACAGAUAUUAGAAUGUUGUUUUGUUUUUUUUUUGAAGAUGAACAGACUGUUGAAUAAUUAGACAGAAUAUUAAAAAUAGAAAAUACUGUUUUAUUUUUUUUUAAGUAAAGUUUUGAAACCUUGGAAAUUUGCAUAUCAAAUAUGAUACAGUGUGCUUUAGAGGAUCAACCAGCACAUUGUCAUCUAAUAUUCCAUGAAAGUCUAUAAUAAUGUUUUCAUAUUAGAAUGUUCUGUUGCGGAUCAGAAGUGCUGCUUAGUGCUGUAUUAAGCUGUUUAUGUAAUGAAUACUGUUUGUAAAAAACCCACAUCUUGCACAAGGGUAGUUCUAAAAGUGCCAAACAUACAUGCUUAUGUGUCUUCAGCUUGCUAUCAUGGUUCAAUAAUACUACAUACUUUUCCCUAAAUCCUAUAUGUUAACCAAAUAACUGCAGAAUUUCAGUGUGAAUUUCAUUUUAUGGCAAAAGUUGAAAGUGUUUAACAGAAUUUGAAGUGUUAUGUAUGUUAUUGUGUUUAUUGAUAGUGUUAUUACAUCUUUUGUUGAAUUAUUUCAUUGGAGCAACUUUCAGAUUUAUGAAUAUUGGGAUUAUUAAACUCUUCCUAAACUCGUCAUAUCAAACUGUAAUAUUUUGUAAAUGAUUUCAGACAGGAGUAUAAGCACACCCGCACAUAUACAAUAACUUCUGGUUUUUAUUUCCUUACAUGACACAAAAAUGUUUUCUAAUGUUUAGAAUGCUGUUCUACAAAUGAUUCUGAUCCACAUUUCUACUUGUAUAACUGUAGCAGAAUG